AUGUCUGGGCAUGCAGCAACGACAUCACCCCCCCCUGCAGUGAAGUUUGUCCUCCUGCAAUUUCCUGCCCCCCAUGUCCUACUUGUUACAAUCAAUUUCGAAAAGCAGAUGAACUCUCUGCCGAUUGACGCGGUAUGGGAAAUGCAUCGAGUAUGGAAAUGGUUCGACGACGAGCCUGAGCUGCGCGUGGGGAUUGUCACCGGGGCUGGUAAAAAGGCUUUCUCUGCCGGAAUGGAUCUGAAAGCAGCUUGCAACGGGCAUGCGCAUGGCGGCGGUUUUGAAAUCGUUCUCAACAGCGACAUCGUGAUCGCGUCGGAAAAUGCGGAUUUCCGACUUCCGGAUGUUUUACGGGGAACAGCAGCUAUGGCUGGCGCCUUUUCACGACUAUGUAGGAUAUUUGGACUGCAAAGAGCCAUGUGGCUCGGGCUGACCGCGCAUACCUUGACCGCGCAGGAAGCUCUGCAAUGGGGCCUUGUCCAGAAGAUUGUGCCCAUUGAUGACCUCAUUAAGGAGGCGGUGGACGUUGCGAAACUCAUUGCUAGCAUGAGCCCCGAUAGUGUAAUUGUCACCCGGGCUGCAUAG